CUACUGGGUGACUACGUCGCCUACACGACAUGCGGCAUAGUUCGGGGUUUCCCGGAAUCCGGGGCCACGGUGUUUCAGGGGAUUCCCUACGCCGCCCCGCCCACCGGGAGCCGCCGGUGGAAGCAGCCCACCCCCAUCAGCCCCGCCUCGGGCACGUGCUGGUCCAACAUCCUCAACGCCACGCGCUACGGCUCCGUCUGCGCGCAGCCUCGCUUCGGUGACGUCACCAAAAUGGACGGCCACGAGGACUGCCUGUACUUGAACGUCUGGACGCCAUCUUUAAACCCGAAGGAACUACAUCCGGUCAUGGUCUGGAUCCACUCCGGAGAUUUCGUCUACGGCUCCGGGCAUAUGCCCGGCAUGUCCCCCCACGGCGAGCCUGUCCGUGACGACACAAACGUGUACGUCAGCUUCAACUACCGGCUCGGUGCCUUUGGGUUUCUGGCACUGGACGAGCUGCGGGAGGGCCAGGAGAAAUCCGCGGGGAACUACGGGCUGAUGGAUCAGCAGAUGGCGCUCACGUGGGUCAGGGAGAACAUCCGGUACUUUGGGGGCAAUGAGAACCUGAUAACCGUGUUUGGCCAUGGGUCUGGCGCAACGUCCAUUCAAGCGUUGAUGCUGUCGCCGAAAAGUUCUGGACUGUUCCAUAAAGCCUGGCUGACCAGUCCCGUCUCGGUGUUAAAUAAAACUCUCGAUCAGGCAUGCCACGACAACCGGAAGUUCCUGGCCAACUCUGGCUGCAGCAGCCUCGAGUGUCUCCGGAAGUUGUCCUCCUACCAGGUCAUGACGUCAUCUCCAUGGCCGCUGGAGCCCAUGUGGACGCUUGACCAGAUUUUUCACGUGCCCGCGGCCAGUCAGUUUCGCAACGGGCUGGCCAUAUUCGAUGGUCACGUGGUCAAGUCCGCCUCCAUUACUAACGGACCUCAGGGACCCGUGGUGCCAGUCAUCUUUGGUACCUCCUACUUUGAUCUGAGCAGUCUCAAAUCAGAAGACAAAUACAUCGGGCUGACAUGGGGAGAAUACGACACAAUUCUCGACACCUACCUGAGCGACUUCGGCUACCAAGCCUUGAACCAAAUCAAAACUCUAUACUCGCACGAUUUCAAAAUCGCCUACUCCGGCCCGGCCAAGUUUCCUCCGCUGCCGAGCGCGCAACUUGCGCACAUGUUGGGCGACAUCCGGAGCAUCUGUCCGGUGCGAAUCAUAGCCAAGGACUUCGCGUACCUCAACAGGAGAACCUCGCCCGUGUACAUGUAUGUGGGUGAGAUCUACCCCACCCACAAGGUCAAGCUAGCCAGCGAGCCGCAGAACACUUUCGUUGGCUGGGACGUCGCGGUUUUCUUCAACAGUUUCAGGGAGUUGGAUUACGUCGAGGGGCAAGGGGACGUUAAUUUCCAGAACGUCAUUCGGGAACAGGUUCUCAGUUUUGUCAAAGAUGGCCGACCGGAUGCGUCGAGGUGGCAGACGGUGGAUGUUAACACUGGCGUCAUCGGCACUGACGUCACUGUCGCGCCGGUGGAUGAGGAGUAUUUUGAGAAGUGUGAGCUAUGGCGAAAAUUGGGGUUCUUUAAUUACACGUGGCAGGCACCAGAAUAGACAAAUGUUAGACGUGAACUGUGGAGAAAAUUGGGGUUCUUU